AUGGAUGUCGCCUCGGCCAUCUCAGGCUAUGUCUCCAAGAUUGCCGGAGUUGGCGAAGGCGCUGCUGCUUCCCAAAGCCAAAAGAUGAAAAUUCUCCUGCUGGACUCCGAGACAGUUCCCAUCGUAUCCACCGCAAUCACUCAAUCCGCCCUCCUUCGGUAUCAGAUCUACCUCAUUGACAGAAUCGAUAACCCUGCCCGCGAACGCAUGCGUCACCUUAGAUGUCUGUGCUUUGUCCGUCCAUCACCAGAUUCGAUCCAGUUCCUCAUCGAUGAACUACGCGACCCCAAGUAUGGUGAAUAUAACAUCUACUUCAGCAAUAUUAUAAAAAAGUCCUCGUUGGAGAGGUUGGCAGAGGCGGACGAUCAUGAGGUGGUAAAGGCAGUCCAGGAAUACUUUGCAGAUUAUAUUGUGGUCAAUCCGGACUUGAUGUCGCUGGACCUGGGUUUCCCCAAGCAGAGGCUAUGGAGCCACAGCCCAGACGUCUGGAACACCGAUGCCUUGCAAAGGACAACCGAAGGGGUGGUUGCCCUUCUGUUAUCACUCAAAAAGAACCCGCUGAUACGGUACGAGAAGAACAGUCUUAUGGCUAAGAAGCUAGCCACCGAAAUUCGCUAUCAAAUCACUCAAGAGGAGCAGCUGUUCGACUUUCGCAAGACCGACACUCCGCCACUCUUGUUGAUCCUGGACCGGAGAGACGAUCCAAUCACUCCUUUACUCACGCAGUGGACGUAUCAAGCUCAGGUCCAUGAAUUACUUGGCAUUCACAACGGCCGAGUCGACCUGAGUGCGGUGCCUGAUGUUCGUCCAGAACUCAAGGAAAUCGUCCUCUCACAGGACCAAGAUCCGUUCUUCAAGAAAAACAUGUACCAGAACUUUGGUGACCUUGGCGGGAAUAUCAAGGAAUAUGUCGACCAAUAUCAGAGCCGCACGAAAUCCACUGCCCAGAUCGAAUCGAUAGCUGAUAUGAAACGCUUUGUGGAAGACUAUCCAGAAUUUCGAAAGCUUUCAGGCAACGUUUCCAAGCACGUCACUUUGGUCAGCGAACUCAGUCGUCGAGUCUCGGCCGAGCUAUUGCUCGAUGUGUCAGAAUUAGAACAAAGCCUGGUGUGUAACGACAAUCAUGCCGCCGAUUUGAGGACACUACAGAAACACAUUCAAAAUCCGAGCAUUCCCGCAGACAAUAAAAUCCGCCUUGUGGCGCUCUAUGCCAUUCGCUACGAACGCAAUCCUAAUAACGCUCUCCCUGUUCUCCUUGACUUGUUAACGUCGAUAGCCGACGUGCCUGCAUACAAAAUCUCCAUCAUCCCCAAGCUUCUCGCAUACCAUCACAGUCUUCAACCGGCUCCCGUUGGUGGAGCCAUCGGCUUCACAGACCUUUUCGAGUCCGGCUCCUCCCCAUUCAGCCAAUUUCGACGCAAUCUUAACCUGAAGGGUGUUGAAAACGUCUACACCCAACACUCUCCACGACUGGAAAACACUCUCCAAAAUCUCAUCAAGGGCCGGCUAAAGGAACUACAAUAUCCCUUUGUGGAUGGACACCACACGAGAGAUAAACCCCAGGAUAUCAUUGUCUUUAUGGUGGGAGGCGUCACGUAUGAGGAAGCCAAGAUGAUAGCACAGGUCAAUGCUUCAGUGCCGGGCGUGCGAGUUGUGCUAGGGGGAACAAGCGUGGUUAAUUCAACAAUGUUCUUGGAAGAGGUGGAUGAUGCGGUGAGUAGCUGGCCGGAUCAGGGUCCUGCGUCAGCGAGAGAAAGACUGGGCAGGGCAGUGGGAAGGUGA